CCCACCAGAUUAGAGGGCACGGGGAGGUUAGGAAAGAGCAAGAGAAAACGGACCACCCAUCAACAUCCUUGGCCUCGGAUGUCUCGUUGCGGUCAGAGAGGGUUCAUGCAUACAUCCGCACACGCUUUCAUGCAUUAAUGGCAGUCUGCUUUGCUUUUUGUCUCAUUUUUUUCCAAUCCUCACUUCCUUUGCCUUUUCUCUCCUCUAUAAAUAUUCAUCUUCCUACCUCAUCUCAGGACCAUUUCCUUAAUCCACAUAACAGACGAGGAAAAUCUUCACCAUCUCUUCCACCCGAGGUAUAGAGAUACCAGUUUUAGGAGUGGGAAAAAUGUCUCAAAAUACUGUACAGAACACUAGCAGCACUAGUGGAGAAACUAGAGAUGAAUUUUCCAAAUCUCUUAAUGGGAAGAAACUUUCACGGCAUAAGUUGCGAAGGAGCGACUCUUUGGAAAUCGAAUCUCGCACCUUUCAUGGUCAUCGAGUUUACGGGUCUAAGGAUGGUGUAAGUUGGUCAGUGAUCUUGCAAUUGGCAUUCCAAAGCAUUGGAAUAGUGUAUGGAGACAUAGGGACUUCACCGUUGUAUGUGUAUGCAAGUACUUUUACUGAGGGUAUUAAACACAACGACGACGUCUUAGGUGUACUCUCUUUGAUUUUCUAUACCCUCACACUCAUUCCCCUCAUCAAAUAUGUUCUAAUCGUCCUGCGUGCUAAUGACAAUGGUGAUGGUGGGACUUUUGCCUUGUACUCACUGGUGUGCAGAUAUGCUAAAGUUGGGUUAAUCCCAAGUCAACAAAGUGAGGACCUUGAUGUAUCUAAUUUCCAGCUUGAAUUGCCAAGCAGGCGUUUGAGCCGGGCAACAAAGCUGAAAUCUAAGCUAGAAAAUAGCAAAUUUGCCAAGUUCUUUCUGUUGUUUGCCACCAUGCUUGGUACUUCCAUGGUUAUCGGAGAUGGUGUCCUUACUCCUUGCAUUUCAGUUUUAUCAGCUGUAGGUGGGAUCAAGCAAGCCACAACAAAAAUGACAGACGAUAUGAUUGUUUGGAUAUCAGUAGUGAUCUUGAUCCUCCUAUUCAUGGUUCAAAGAUUUGGAACUGAUAAAGUGGGCUACAAUUUUGCUCCAAUAAUUUGUGUUUGGUUUGCAAUGAUUGCUGGCAUUGGCCUCUUCAAUUUCUUCAAAUAUGAUCCAGCAGUUAUCAAAGCUAUAAACCCAAAGUAUAUAGUGGAUUAUUUCAGAAGGAACAAAGAUCAAGCUUGGAUUUCUCUUGGUGGCAUUGUUCUGGCCAUAACAGGAACUGAAGCACUAUUUGCAGAUGUUGGACACUUCACAGUUCCAUCCAUACAAAUAAGCAUGUGCACCGUAACCUACCCGGCUCUUAUCUGUGCAUACACUGGACAAGCAGCUUUUCUUAGAAAGCACAAUGAUCUUGUCUUGGAGACAUUUUAUGAAUCUAUACCAAAACCUCUGUACUGGCCAAUGUUCGGGGUGGCUGUGAUGGCAUCAAUCAUUGCAAGUCAAGCCAUGAUUUCAGGAACCUUUUCAAUCAUACAGCAAUCUCUUUCUCUCGGAUGCUUCCCUCGAGUGAAAAUCGUGCACACAUCAGCUAAAUAUGAAGGACAAGUCUAUAUUCCUGAAAUCAAUUACCUUCUAAUGCUUGCUUGUGUAGGAGUUACUCUUGGCUUUAGGAGUACAACAAAUAUUGGCAAUGCAUAUGGGAUUGCUGUGGUGUUUGUAAUGACACUCACAUCAGCAUUUUUAGUGUUGAUCAUGCUAAUGAUAUGGAAAACCAACAUCCUUUACGUAAUUGCCUAUGUGCUAACCAUUGGGGUUGUGGAGCUCGUCUACUUAAGUUCAGUCCUCUACAAAUUCGAUCAGGGAGGAUAUCUGCCAUUAGCAUUUGCUGCAGUUCUAAUGACUAUAAUGUAUGUCUGGAAUGAUGUGUAUAGAAGGAGGUAUUAUUAUGAGCUCGACAACAAGAUUUCUCCUGAUAAGCUAAAAGAAGUUGCUGCUGAGACCAACUUUAGUCGACUUCCAGGGCUUGCCAUGUUCUACUCCGAACUUGUUCAGGGUAUUCCACCUAUCUUCAAGCACUAUGUCGAAAAUGUACCAGCUCUUCACUCUGUCCUUGUUUUCGUCUCCAUCAAAUGGCUUCCAAUUGGAAAGGUUCCAGUGGAAGAACGCUUCCUUUUCCGCAGAGUAGAACCCAAAGAGCUCAACGUCUUUCGCUGUGUAGCUCGAUAUGGAUACGCGGAUGUUCGCAAUGAGCAAGAGCCCUUCGAGAGAAUAUUGAUCGAAAAAUUGAAGCAGUUUAUCAUAGAUGAUUUCUGGUUAAGUCAAGCAAUUGUCAGCAGGGGCGUGACAGAUGAGAAGGUUCAGGAAUUGGAUGAAGGGCAAAAUAAUGAAGAUGAAAAUGGAAGCAUAAAUCAAGAAAAUGAAGAGAAGUUACAACAGGAUGUGGAUAACCAGAUUGAGAUCAUCGAUAAAGCUUCGCGUGCUGGCGUUGUUCACCUGGUAGGCGAGAAUGAGGUGAUUGCAGGAAGAGGGGCAAAUAUAGGAAAGAGGAUACUGAUAGAUUAUGCGUACACUUUUCUGAAGAGAAACCUGAGGCAAAGUGAGAAGGUGUUUGAUAUUCCUCAGAAGCGCAUGCUCAAAGUUGGUAUGACAUAUGAGCUUUAGAACAUUAAGAAAUGAACAUCAUCAGAUUCACCUGAAAGCUUUUUGUAAGUAAAGCUAGUUGCUACAUGCAUGUAGCUAAAGAGCAAGUCUACUGCAGUAACAGAAAGCUCCUUCUUCAUAUGUUAAGCAGAAAAUUAUUGUUCA